AUGAAUUACGAUUCAUUGGAAAUCACAUAUGUAUUGCCUCCUCCGAAUCAUCAAGAUCCACAAGUUCUAAUAAUGGCCAGUGCUUAUAUGCUUCUCUUCCUUUUGGGUACAUGUGGGAAUGUCACUGUUCUUACAACGAUCUAUCAUGUUAGUCGUUUACAUCGAGCGAGACUUGACAACACUUUACUAUACGUUAUUGUAUUAUCGUGUGUAGAUUUUGGUGUGUGUAUUUCUUUACCUUUUACAGUUCUUGAUCAGAUUUUGGGAUUUUGGAUGUUUGGCAGUGUUAUUUGUAAAUUGCAAGCUUUAUUAGAAAAUUUUGGUAAGAUACUAUCGUCAUUAAUUAUAACAGCAAUGUCUUUCGAUCGUUACGCUGGUGUAUGCCAAGCUCAAAAUAAAUGCUUAAGAUCAAAAAAAAUGACUGCAUCCAUACUAUUGGGCUUAGCAGCAUAUGCCCUCAUAACUCUUGGUCCAUUAUUAUGGAGCUUUAAUACAAAAGAAAUAAUUCUUUUCGAAAAAAAAACAGCGCCACAUAAAUUAACUCGCAUGCAAAUUGAAAAAUGUACGAUGGUUAAUGUUUCUUCAUCCGUUUUUACGAUGUUCACCGUUUAUCAAUUCAUUUUAUGUUAUUGCUUACCACUUUCAUUAGUUGCAUUCUUUUAUAUAAAACUUCUACAUUGUUUACGAGAACAUAAACGACAAUUUAAGUCAUCGCAUAUACCACUUUUACGUAUAUCGCUCUAUACAUUUGCAUUAGCUUGCUUUUAUUUUAUUUGCUGGACUCCAUUCUGGAUUUCCACAUUAUAUGCAAUUUAUUUGGAAUAUGCUGAUGAAAAUGGAAAAACUGUUUCACCUGCAUUCGUUUAUUCCAUGUAUUUUAUUCAUGCAUUGCCUUUUACGAAUUCAGCAAUUAAUUGGAUUUUAUAUGGUUUAUUUUCUUGUAAUUUAAAAGCUUUAAAGUUCAACAUCGAUAAAAAUUACGAAAAUCAUAUAAAUGGAAAUACAAAAAUUCUUGCGAAAAUUAAUGAAAGUCAAAUUUGCGAAGAUCAUGAUGAUAACAGACAGAUUCUGAGAAUCUAA